AUGCUACCAAAGCGAAUCCUCUGUCUCCAUGGUGACGGGACUAAUGCGAUGGUUUUCGCGGCUCAAACGCGGCAGCUAAGAUGUGCUCUAGAGCUACAUGGUAUAGACCUUGUCUAUACAACCGGGCCGUUCGAAUGCGAGCCGGGUUACGGCGUGUCACCCUUCUUCGACGACUGCGGUCCGUUUUAUCGCUGGUCCCCCAAUGAUCCUCGAGAUUUCGACGGCUCAAUAGACGCUGAGGAUGACAUCAGCAACUCUACGAUCAUGGAAGCGGGCCUUACUGAAAUGUUUGAGGAUCUCAGAUAUGAAUACGGCGACAAUGUUGACGACAAGAGUGGCCGCAACACUUUUGCUGGGAUUCUCGGGUUUUCUUCUGCCGCUGCCGUUGCAGCAGGCAUUCUUUCUGUACAGCAAAACAACGACGAGCAAGACACCUUUCCCACGUUUCCAUCAAUCAGCAAAGAUCAAUGCACGCAGUCAAUCAAGGUCCCAACUGUGUCCAUUGUGGGCAAGCAGGAUCAUUGGCAGAGUCAAGUUAAACUUAUCAACACUUAUAUCGACAGCAACUUGGUGACAUAUUUGGAGUUUGAGAAUGGACACAAAGUACCCUCUAAGGAAGCGCAAGUGCAAGAAAUUGUAUCUGCGAUUCUAAAUGUCAUACAGAAGGUUGAAGAGCGUUCAUAA